CUGCCAUCACUCAAGAUGGCCGCCCCCAUCAAGAUGACCGGGGUGUGCCGGGGGGAAACGGGUUGCAUGAUGGCCUGAGACAGUAAGGGCUACUGCUCCCUUGCAAACCUCGCCCUGAGGUCUAGGAAUGAAUAGUAGAAAGACUAGGAAGCUCGGUGAGGUCUAGCGUCGGACCAUGUGGCAGUUUCUGGGACAGGAGAGUCGGAUGAUGGGGGCUGGGGCCCGCGGAGGGUAGAGGGAGCAAUAGCAUCCUUUCCCAGGCCAAUCCCAGCCCCUCCUCUGGCCUUUGGACUGAAAUGGGGAACACGUUAGGCCUGGCACCGAUGGGGGCUUUGCCCCGCCGCAGCCCCCGUCGAGAGGAACCUCUGCCCAAUCCUGGGAGCUUCGAUGAGCUGCACCGGCUAUGUAAAGAUGUAUUCCCAGCACAGAUGGAGGGAGUGAAGCUCGUUGUCAACAAGGCUCUGAGCAGCCAUUUCCAGGUGGCUCACACCGUGCACAUGAGUGCUCUGGGCUUGCCAGGCUAUCACCUCCACGCGGCCUAUGCAGGGGACUGGCAGCUUAGCCCCACUGAGGUGUUCCCCACUGUGGUAGGGGAUAUGGACAGCAGUGGCAGCCUCAAUGCCCAGGUCCUGCUCCUCCUGGCAGAGCGGCUCCGAGCCAAGGCUGUCUUCCAGACGCAGCAGGCCAAGUUCCUGACAUGGCAGUUUGAUGGCGAGUAUAGGGGAGAUGACUACACAGCCACUCUGACCCUAGGAAAUCCUGACCUGAUUGGGGAAUCGGUGAUCAUGGUUGCCCACUUCCUGCAGAGCCUCACUCACCGGCUGGUGCUGGGAGGGGAGCUAGUUUAUCACCGGCGGCCAGGCGAGGAGGGCGCCAUCUUGACACUGGCUGGGAAGUACUCUGCUGUACACUGGGUAGCUACAUUGAAUGUCGGAUCAGGUGGGGCCCAUGCGAGUUAUUACCACAGGGCAAAUGAACAGGUUCAAGUUGGAGUGGAGUUUGAGGCGAACACGAGGCUACAAGACACGACCUUUUCCUUCGGUUACCACCUGACUCUGCCCCAGGCCAACAUGGUGUUUAGAGGCUUGGUGGAUAGUAACUGGUGUGUGGGUGCUGUGCUGGAGAAGAAGAUGCCCCCGCUCCCCGUCACCCUAGCCCUCGGAGCCUUUCUCAGUCACUGGCGCAACAGAUUCCACUGUGGCUUCAGCAUCACAGUGGGCUGAGGUUGUCCCCGAGCCAGCCCGCACAGCAGCUGGGACCUCUGAGUCAGGUGCCCAGGGCCAGAGACCAGGCCCCUCUCCAGAACCCACCUUGCUGGGUGACCUAGGUCCCAGGAGCAGUGUGGGUGGUAGGACCAUGCUCUCCUCAGAACUGCAGCUGCCACAGGGGUGGCUGAUGGGGCAGUGGCAUGAGGCUCCCUCUUCUGCCACCAGCCUCAGUGUCAUCACCUUCCCGUGUCUGUGGCUCUGGACUAAGGGAGAAGGAUUAAGGGGUCUGUCUGGCGGAAGUUUCUCCCCUCACUCCCUGUGGAUCAAAGCUCCUAGCCUUCUCCUCUUCAGAGCAGCAAAGUCUGCCUGGGAUUAGCUCCCCAUCCUGUUUGCCAUCCCAGGGUCUCCCAAGGCUGGGAAAGAAGGGCUGAAGGGCUAAAUCUCUGACCUCGCAAAGUGGGGCCCACCCAUUCCCAGAAGGAGCUUCUUUGCCUCUUAGCCCCGAGGCUUCCUCCUUCCCUGUCUUCUGUGCUUCCAGAGAACAACUUUGUCCUCCUGCUAACCCCCGACCCCUCCAGUGACUGCAUGGAGAGGCAGUUUCUCUUUAGUCUUUCAUUGUGAUCACUGGGCUCCCUUCCUACUGGUGCCAAGCGCUGGGCCCAGCCUUUCCCCGUUCUAGUACAGUGAGUUCAGGCGGGCCGGGGCCGGAGGUGAGCGGGGGCCUCAGCUGCAGAUCUCCUGGAGCAGGGGCAUCAUGGCGGACAGUCCCCGGACGUGCUGGAUCUGGUACCCAUAUGCGUUGUUAAUGCUCCGGAGCUCAGCCAACAGGCCCAGCAGCUUCGCGUACAGAAACCUUUGAGGCCACCAGGGGAAGAGGAGGGAAAUAGGGCAGCUGAGAGUCUUGUCUCGAGACCCCAAUCCCCUGACCUGCCCCUCAGUGAAGCUAUGUGUGAAUGCCAGAGAAAAUCAUGCUGUGGUAUGGCAAACUUAUUGACGGUUCUGCAAGUCCCUACAGGGGCCUCUGCCUGACACUGUCUUCUCUCACCGUGCUGUUUUCCUGAGGGGCAAGUGUGAAGAAAGCCCCAUACUUGGCCAGAGCGUCAGCCAUGUGGAAUCUGAGCAUCUGGCCUUCUAGAGCAGAUUCUAGAAGGUGGGUGUGUUCUGUGGUGUAAAGCAUUCCUCUUCUGGCAGCAAGGACAGAAGGGGGAGCAUAACUCAGCGCUUGGAUAGAUCAGGGACUGUUGAGCCACGGACUGACUUUGGUCAUGAAACUGAAUGAUCGUAACUUCAAGGGGAAUGAAAAGUUAAAGGAACUGGCCCAGUGGAGAGGAGGGGAAAGAAAAAGGAAUGAACAAGACUCUCAAACAGCUGCUUUAGACUGGGGAA